UCUUGUUUUCUAACUUAAAUUGGCAAAAAAAAAAUGACUGUCAUUUUUAAGUUGGUACUAUUAAACUUUAUUUAUGGAACAUGCAGUGUGAAUGUUUUAAUUCUUGGUGGAAACGGAUUUAUUGGAAGUCAUGUAGUUGAAAACUUUAAAAACCUCGACUACAAUGUAACGCUCGUAAACAGAGGAAACGUUUAUUUUGACACCAAAAAAAAAAUAGAAAUAAAUGCCUUUAGAACAUUUACUUGUGAUAGAAACACUUUGCUUAAAAAAAGCUGUCACGCUUUAUUGACGGACGAUUUUUAUGACUUCGUGCUUGAUUUUAGUUCAUACCAGAAACAACAUAUUGAACAAAUUAUUGAUAUUUUGAAAAACAGAGUUGGCCUAUACAUUUUUUUAAGUACUGAUGCAGUUUACGAGUUAAAAUCUAGUAAAAGUCAUACAUCAAUACAUGGUCCUCGUUAUUUACGAGAAGAUGAUGUUAGGAGUGAGUUGGAUUACCAAACAAAAAAAAUGAGUAAAUAUGCAUCUAAUAAACUGGAUUGUGAAAAAGCAUUGGUAAAACAAAGACAGCUUUCUGGUUUUCCGUACAUUAUACUUCGCUUAGCAACUGUGAUAGGUGAACGCGAUACAACAUUAAGAUGGUGGGUGUAUCAAACUCUAAUGAAAGUACACAAGUAUAUUAAUGUAAAGGUUCCAUUACCUAUUGCUGUUAUGAAAUUAAAUCACAGUAUGGUUUAUGUUGGAGAUGUGACUGCAGCCAUUAUGAAAAUACUGAAAAAGUCUGAAGUUAUGCAUGAUCAAACAAUAAACUUAGCAUUUAAAGAAGACAUUAACUUAGAAAAAAUUCUUCAGUCGAUUGCUGAUUGUUUAAAGAUGAAUAAUGUUACAUAUGAUUAUAAUAUUGAUACGGCUUGGUUUAAGUAUCCAGCUGUUCAAGUUGGACCAAUUGAUACAUAUAAAGCUAAAAAUCUUCUUGAGUGGUCACCAAUUACAUUUUUAAAUGCAUCAAAGAUUACAUGCAACUUUUUUGAAAGAGCGAUGACUGAUUUUCAUUAUGUAAAAGAUAAAGAGUUAAUGCUGGCGGAACUUUUAGAAGAAGCUCUUCCAGAUAGUUUUAAAGACGAGCUACAGUUUUUUGACGUUUUAAAAAAAGAAUACGGAAUAGAAGUAAUGAAAGGCAUUGAUCUUGGGGUUGACGAACCUGCAAACAUGCUAACUGACGGAAACACAGAUAAGUUAAAACUUGAGUUAUAGUUGUAAUUUUUAAAUUGUAAUUUGUUGUGGUAAAGUUUAAAUUUACUUGA